CUAAAUUACUUCUCUGUUUAAUUUUGUUUUCUCAUCGAUGCUGUUUGUCAAUCAAUAGAUGUUAAUGGAUAAACAGAAAAAAAUUACGAUUAUUUAAUGAGAGAAAGACAUAUACACUUAAUUAAAAUUUGUGGACAAUUAGAUUCUCCCAACGUUACUAUCAAUUGCAGAUCAAAAUAAGAAAAAUAUGUGGAACGAUUCUGAGCUUGAAAUCGAAACCGAAUCUGAAAUAAAUCUGGGAGUUGGAAAGGUGUUUGAAGAAACUCCUGAUCAAAUUGUUGAACAAUGUACAGAGAAUUCAAUUUGUGAUUUAAGUUUUGGUACAUAUCAUAAAACAACAAUUGCGGCCAUAAGAAAGCAUCGUUAUAUUCACACAUUACUACUAAAUAAUAAUUAUCUCGAAAACUUGGAGUUAUCUUUUACAAUGCUAACAAAUAUAAAACAUUUAAAUUUAAGCCAGAAUUUACUGACUUAUUUGCCUGCAAACUUUGGAGAUUUAAAUAGGUUGCAUACACUCAUAUUACACAACAAUAGUAUAGUCGAUUUGCCAGAUAGUUUCGCUCAGUUGACCAGAUUAUCCUAUUUGGAUUUGCAAGGAAACCCAUUUUUUAAUCGUAUAAGAGCUCGUGUAGGCAAUUGUGAAACUCCACAACAGUUCAAAUCAUGUGCACUUUAUGUUGUUGGCUUGAUAUCGCGUAGAGCAAGGGAUGAGACUGAGAAAAAUAUUGCUGCUUUCAAUCAAGAGCGCGAUCAGACUUUUAUGAGAACAAAUCACUCACUUUCUGCUGUAAUCCGAAAUGAUGGCAAUAUAUAUCUUCAAGGAACGGAAACCACAGCUAUGAACUCUGAUACUAUAGGUCCAAGGAAAAUGUCAUCUUUUGUCAUUGUACUACAAGACGAUGCAAGUCCACAACAAGAUGUUCAACCUGCCAGUAAUGUUCCAGCUAUAGAUGUACGUGACGAAAUGACUGUGCAAAACCAUAGAAAAAUAUGCAUUAUUUCUUUAACAGUAGUGGUUACAUGUGUAACGCUGUUCUUAGUGUUUUUUUCCACAGGUUCUAUCAUUUGGAAAGCAUAUUUUUAAAAGUGAAACAAGUAAACAGAAAUGACCGCAGUAUGGAAAAUAACUUUACUAAAGCACAGUUUGAAGACCUUGACAACUCCUUGUGUUAUCAAAUGUUCGAGUUCCAGAUUUUGAAAGUAGCAGAAACACAUCUCCAUAGUUGAUCGACAUAAACCGCAAUGAAGUAACGAAACCAAAAUUGAAGUGUGUUAACGAAUUACAUAUAUUAAGACUUUUUGACACGAAAUAUUUUUUAUGU